AUGCAGAACACCUCAAGUCUCCCCGCCUCACCCGUCGGUGUCAAUGUUCAAUAUCCACAACUCGUCCUCGAAGGGAAGCGAACUGGCUAUUACAUCACAUUUACUCUAUUCAUCCUCACACUAUGGUUGAUACUACCAAAGAAGCAAAGAUCUCAGCUCGAGGUUCCCUUUUACAAGGCUUCCAAGAAGAACUGGAUCUUUGAUGCUGAAACAUUAAUUAAAGAUAGCUACACAAAGUUUCGCGAUCGAGUAUAUCAGAUCAAGGCCACCGAGGGAGUACAAGUCUUGGCUUUGCAAAGCAAGUACACAAAGUUCUCACCCGGUCACAACGGCGAAACACUUGCACUGUUGAUCCGAACAAAGUUAACUCAAAACCUCACCCGAGUUGUACCUCGUCUCAGAGAAGAGCUGGAGUACAUACUGGCCACCGAGUUCCCUGCCUGCGAGGACUGGACGCCUGUGAAAUGGCAACCCUUUAGUCUUCGUGCCAUCACCCGCCUGAGCGGCAGAGCUUUCGUCGGCCCCUCCCUCAACCGCGACGAGAAGUGGAUGGACACUACCAUCAACUUUGCCGUCCACGUCUUUACCGCAUGUGUCAAGCUCCAGUUCAUCCCAGAGUGGGCUCGACCUGUUGGCCAAUAUUUCGUAUCAGAGCUACGCCAGAUCCGCAAGGAUAUCAAGAUCGCUAAGGAACUGCUCGAGCCUAUCCUCAAGGAGCGACUGCAAAACAUGGAACUCUCCAACGGCGAGGACGCACCCGAUGAUAUGAUCCAAUGGCUUCUCGAAGCUCUGCCCAAGGAUGAAAAGUCCGAUCUUACAACCCAGGCUGAGUUGCAGCUCAUCAUUGCGGCCGCUUCUAUCCACACCACAAACAACCUGCUCUGCGAAUGCCUUUGUGAUCUGGCAGCAUACCCAGAAGUCCAAGAGGAACUACGCCAGGAAGCCUAUCAGAUUCUCGAAGCGGAGAACGGUUGGGAGAGGAAAGAGAGCUUGGCUAAGCUCAAGAAGCUGGACAGUUUCAUGAGAGAAGUCCAGCGCCUGAGCGGAAACAUCACAUCUUUUAUCCGUAAGGUCAUGAAACCCAUCUCUCUCUCCGACGGUACCCAGCUGCCCGCAGGCACAAAGGUCCUCGCCCCCCAAGCUGGCAUUGCUCUUGACGAGCGCUAUUUCCCCGACCCCGAGCGUUUUGACGCUUUCCGGUUCUACAAGCUCCGCCAAGAGUCAAGUGAAGCCAACCACAGAUGGCAAUUCACCUCUCUUGACGACACAUACACCAACUUUGGCGCGGGCAAGCAUGCAUGCCCUGGACGCUUCUUUGCCAACAAUGAGAUGAAGCUCGUGUUGGCGCAUCUGCUCAUCAACUACGACAUUCGCCUCAAGCCGGGUCAGGAUAGACCAAAGCCAAUGACUGUAGUCAUGGCCAAGGCACCUUCUCCAGAUACAGAACUGGAGUUCCGACGAAGAUCACUGGUAGCUUGA